AUGGAAAACGCAACAUUCUUCAACAUAACUCUAUGUUCUGUGCUAGAACUGGAUAUAUCCAUAAAAGGUCGACGUAUAUCUUCAAAUCGCUACCUACUUUUGGCUAUCAGCGUGGUCUCGUGCGUCAUUGGCGCCUUCAUUAUCAUCUCUAAUGCGACUCUUGUUGUGGCCCUGAUCAAGUCAAGCAAAGAAAGCGAGGGCAAAGUCUCUAUGACCAGCUCCAAUAUUAGCAAAAGAUCAAGGUUCUUAAUGGCGUCCAUCUCCAUGUGCCAUUCGGCCAUAGGGGCGUUUCUCAUCCCGUGCGCCGUCACUCAAAUGAUUCACAACGGUGUGUGGGUGUUAGGGCCGCAGAUGUGCACCGCCAAGAACGUGCUGGAGGCUGUCUUAUCAUCCAGCAUUCAAUAUCACGUAAUCUUUAUGGCCUUGGACAUGUACCUGGCCAUAUGCAAGCCUCUCGCUUAUCGUAUGCUUACCUCUAGAUCAAGCCACUUAAUGAUUUGGUCAAGCUGGAUCUUGCCUCUAGCUAUUUUUGUCAUCCCGAUGCUAUUUGGCUGGCACCAGUUAGGAAAGGAGCUCGUGAUCAUGUGUCAGACUGUCUACGGCAUUUGCAGCACUGUCUUCAAUGACUAUGUUCUUCUCUUCAUUACUCUCUUCACAACGAUUCUGCCUAUAUCUAUUCUGAUGUCUUUGUAUGCACUGAUUCUGAGAGCUAUCGCUGAAUUUCAUGGCAGAUUACCCAGGGACAAGUUUCGAGGAACAGAAAGGAACCCUAACAAUGCAUUACAUUCGACGACCAGCGUUGAUUCAGAUGCACCUAAAGGCAUCUCAGAAGUUUCCGAAUUGGCAGUCUGUCCACAGAACCACUCUACAACAUUUCAAAACAGCGACCGUUAUUUAAAUGAGGGUGUUUCCUCUGUUUUAAAAUCUGAGAACAAACCUCAAUUAAAUCCCAGUUUCAUUUUAAAUGGAGAUAGUAAGAUGACUGAAAAAAUAAACCAACAAAGAAACUCAUCCGAUGGUAAAAGUAAAAGAUCCAGUUUUGGCAACUUCAGAAAAAAUCUCAUCAACGCAAAGGCGUUUCGUUAUAUCCUGAUCAUUCUAAGCUGGUAUGCUGUUACGUGUGCCGUAUUUCUCAUCUCUAAAAUUAUCCUCGUAUGUCGCCCAGACCUGAUGCCUAAAUGGCUUAACACGGCCUUGUGGUGGGUGGGGUACUCGACCUCUGCCUUUAAUCCAUUCAUGCUGUGCAGCAACAACAAGCUUGAGGGUUCAAGCCUAGUCAAAACAAUAGACUAG